AUGUUGGCCGGGGUCUUUUCCAACGGGCUCGCCUGGACGCUCGUUGCAAUCGUCGCUGUCUUAUAUCACUUUAUCAAAAAACCGCGGCCAAUUUUUCCCAUUGUCAACGAUUACCCUCUGGAUUUCUUUCGUCGAAAAGCAUAUCGUGUAUAUAACGAGAAUGCUACAAAGCUAAUCGUCGACGGUCUCGCCAAAUACCGCGGCCCUAUCACGAUACUUGUUCCCGGCGGCAUGAAAAUUGUACUGCCGUCUGCUCUGAGCGACUGGGUCAAGACGAACAGAGACCUCGAUCACCAAGAACUCGUCAGGGAAGAGUACUUUGCUCACUUCCCGGGAUUCGAGGCUCAAUAUACACUCCAUAGCACCGACAGAAUAUUGAUUGACUUGUUGCGGACGAAACUCUCUCAAAACGAAGAGAUAAUGCCAACUGUCAACAAGCAUAUUGGGCCAGCUCUGCAAUAUUACUGGGGCGAUAGCAAGGCCUGGCAUACGAUAGAUUGGGAGAAGGAUACUACGGGGAUUAUUUCGCGGGUAGCAGCCUCAAUUUUCGUUGGUCCAGAAAAGGCAACAGACGCCGAGUGGCAAACGGUAGUCCAGAGCUAUGUGCGCGAGUUUUUCGCUGCCGUGGGUGAGCUUCACGGCUGGAAGGCGCCACUACGACCGAUUGUGCAAUGGGUUUUGCCUCACACUUCAGCAUGCCGAGACCUUAUGCGUCGAGCUCGCAUAAUAAUGCAGGAUUUGGUUCAAAAGAGGAAACAUGAAGCAGAAGUUGCAGAGGUUCAGGGCCCAGCAGCGCCUCGGUACAAUGAUGUUGUUGCCUGGACCAUGCAACUGCCCAAUAACAAGCACCAAGCGGGCGACAUCCAGCUCGCCUUGGCUAUGGCAGCACUUUUUACAACUACAGAGAUUUUCAGACAAAUCCUCAUCGACAUUGCCAGACAUCCAGAACUUGUGGAGCCACUCCGACACGAAAUUAAAAAUGCGUUAUCGGAGCACGGCCUGGGACUAGCUGCGCUGGCAAAGAUGGAACUACUCGAUAGCGUGAUGAAAGAAUCACAGAGGCAGAUUCCUAUCUCGGUGGGAUUGGAGCGCAAAGUUAUUCGCGAGACAUCCCUUCCGAACGGGACAAAAUUACCUAAGGGUACCCAAAUUAUGGUUGACUCCAGCGACAUGUGGAAUCCAAAUGUUCAUGAAAAUCCCGAGGUAUACGACGGGUACCGUUUCAUGAAGCGACGUCAUGCGGGAGACAAAGCAAGUCAAUUUGUUCAAUCGAGUCGGGAGCAUAAUGUGUUUGGUGGUGGUAGGCACAUAUGCCCCGGCCGCUUUUUUGCCAACACUGAGUUGAAACUGUGCUUGGUCCACAUCUUGUUCAAAUACGAUUUUCGGUUAGAGCCAGGUUACUGUUCGAGUCCUGUGAAAUUUGGGGUUUAUGCGAGUGUUGAUCCCAAAGUUCGACUGGAGAUUCGGCGGAAAGAGGGACCCGAGGACUGCCCAUUAUGA